UCACUUUUUGACCUUCCUGUUUCCUGGAACUCAGCCAUGGUGGUGUGUCACUUUGUAUUUUGCAGACAAGGGCAUCACCUUUUGUGUGUCAGAGGCACUUGAGCGAAAGAAUUUUGGCUCCUAAAGAUUUUGCAGAACGGAGAUGACAUGCCAGCCCAGACUUUCACAUAGCUCCUGUUUCGUUUUGGGAUUUUUCUAAGACACUUCGGCCUCUCAAAGUGCUGGGAUUACGUGUAUGAGCCACCACGCCCCAUCUCUUUUCUCCCCAUCUUUUUAGAAGUCCUCAGCUCGUUGAUUGGCCUCGUUGAACUUCACAAAGUUUCCAUUGAAGAUUUGACGAAGGCGAAGAAGCUGCAACACCUUUCGGACCUUUGGGCUCACACCAUCGGUACCUCUGAUCCUGAUGACCAACGCCAGUGUGGGUUCUGCAGUUUCAGGUGGCCAUGAAUUCUGGGAGGAUGCUGUUAACCCACUACAGCCAUCAAGAACAGAGGCAGGGGCCUGGGUGCGGUGGCUCACACCUGUAAUCCUGGCACUUUGGGGAGGCCUAUGCAAGAGGAUCGCUUGAGCCCAGGAGUUUGAGACCAGCCUGCGCUCUGCGCCCCCCUCGCCCCGCCUGCGCUAGCGGAGGUGAUCGCCGCGGAGAUGCCGGAGGAGGGUUCCGGCUGCGCGGUGCGGCGCAGGCCCUAUGCGUGCGCCCUGCGGGCUGCUGUGGUUCCAUUGGUCGCGGGCUUGGCGAUCUGCCUCGUGGUCUGCAUCCAGCGCCUCUCACGGGCUCAGCAGCAGCUGCCGCUCGAGUCACUUGGGUGGGACAUAGCUGAGCUGCAGCUGAACCAUACAGGACAUCAGCAGGACCCCAGGCUAUACUGGCAGGGGGGCCCAGCACUGGGCCGCUCCUUCCUGCGUGGACCAGAGCUGGACAAGGGGCAGCUACGUAUCCGUCGUGACGGCAUCUACAUGGUCCACAUCCAGGUGACGCUGGCCAUCUGCUCCUCCACAUCGACCUCCAGACACCACAACCCCACCACCCUGGCCGUGGGAAUCUGCUCUCCCGCCUCCCGUAGCAUCAGCCUGCUACGUCUCAGCUUCCACCAAGGUUGUACCAUUGCCUCCCAGCGCCUGACGCCUCUGGCCCGAGGGGACACACUCUGCACCAACCUUACUGGGACACUUUUGCCUUCCAGAAACACUGAUGAGACCUUCUUUGGAGUGCAGUGGGUGCGCCCCUGACCACUGCUUCUGAUGAGGGUUUUUUAAAUUUUAUUUUAUUUUAUUUAAGUUUGAGAGAAAAUGUUUACACACAGGGGCCACCCUAGGUGGGAGUCGGGGUGGGGUGGCGGGUAGGACAAGGGAGGGUAUUGAGUUUUUUCUGUCUUUUCAUUUUCCUAUUAAAAAAUGCAAAAAUCA